CAGAGUGCCCGGGAGGAAGGGCUCCGCCCCCUCCACCUGGCCCGUGUUGGCUGAAGGCACUCCGCGCCAGCCGCGAUCCCCGCAACUGACAUGGGUGAGCCCCAGGCGCCCACGCGGAUCCUGGUGACGGGAGGCUCGGGGCUGGUGGGCAGAGCGGUCCAGAAGGUGGUAGCCGACGGGGCCCGACUACCAGGAGAGGAGUGGGUGUUCGUCUCCUCCAAAGAUGCGGAUCUCACGGAUGCAGCGCAGACCCAAGCCCUGUUCCAGAAGGUCCAGCCCACCCACGUCAUCCACCUUGCCGCAAUGGUGGGAGGCCUGUUCCGGAACAUCAAAUACAAUUUGGACUUCUGGAGGAAGAACGUGCACAUCAAUGACAACGUCCUGCACUCGGCCUACGAGGUGGGCGCGCGCAAGGUGGUCUCCUGCCUGUCCACCUGCAUCUUCCCCGACAAGACCUCCUACCCCAUCGAUGAGACUAUGAUCCACAAUGGGCCUCCUCACAGCAGCAACUUUGGUUACUCCUACGCCAAGAGAAUGAUUGAUGUGCAGAACAGGGCCUAUUUCCAGCAGCAUGGCUGCACCUUCACCGCCGUCAUCCCCACCAAUGUCUUUGGGCCCCACGACAACUUCAACAUCGAGGAUGGCCACGUGCUGCCUGGCCUCAUCCACAAGGUGCACCUGGCCAAGAACAGCGGCUCGGCGCUGACGGUGUGGGGCACGGGGAAGCCGCGGAGGCAGUUCAUUUACUCACUGGACCUGGCCAAGCUCUUCCUCUGGGUCCUGCGGGAAUACAAUGAAGUGGAGCCCAUCAUCCUCUCAGUGGGUGAGGAGGAUGAAGUCUCCAUCAGGGAGGCCGCGGAGGCUGUGGUGGAGGCCAUGGACUUCCAUGGGGAGGUCACGUUUGAUACCACCAAGUCAGAUGGGCAGUUUAAGAAGACAGCCAGCAAUGGCAAGCUCCGGGCCUACCUGCCGGACUUCCGCUUCACACCCUUCAAGCAGGCCGUGAAGGAGACCUGUGCUUGGUUCACUGAACACUAUGAGCAGGCCCGGAAGUGAGGGCCCGGCAGGAACAGGCAGCCGCCAUUCUCAGACCUCACCAGGAGAUGAGGGCAGGGCUCAGCGGCCCAGGCCAUGCCGGGCCCCUCAGCAGGGGUGCCCCUCGGCAGGGUGCCACGUACAUCUGUCCUCAGGGAACAUAAGGCCUGGGCUGGCCCCGCACCUCACUCCACCCUGGUCCCACUGUCCCGUCUGGGAACUAAUAAAAUACAUUUCCACCA